ACCAAAUUUAAGAGAGCACAAGAGCGAAGCUAUUGCAAAGCGGAAGAGAAAGCGAGCGGUAGUGGUGCACACAUUUUCGUUGUUAACACAUUUGUAUACAUGUGAGAGGCCGAGGGGCAAUCAAAAUGCUUGGGCCCAUGGUGCUUUGGCCUAAUAAUAAUGAAAUUAAAAAAAAAAAAUGCGAAUGUUGAAUUAAACAAGUACUUUUCAUAUGUACCUUUGUUUGAUUUCAAGAUUUCAAAGCAUUAAUUAGUGUCGAAAGUGCGUUUAGUUUUAGAAAUGUGUGCGUUUCGUUGCUACAAAAACAACAACAAUACAAAGUAAAAUAGAUAAAAAUGUCGACACUGAAGUGCUACCAAGAUGAGGAGAGCGAGUCGCAAUAUGGUCGCGUUUUUGCCGUUUCCGGUCCCGUUGUUACUGCGGAACGAAUGGCUGGCUCUGCUAUGUACGAAUUGGUGCGUGUAGGUUACUACGAAUUGGUCGGUGAGAUCAUUCGUCUAGAAGGUGACAUGGCAACCAUUCAAGUGUACGAAGAAACUUCCGGUGUAACCGUCGGUGAUCCAGUGUUACGUACAGGCAAACCGUUAUCUGUGGAAUUGGGUCCUGGUAUUUUGGGUAGCAUUUUCGAUGGUAUUCAACGUCCUCUAAAGGACAUUGGCGAAGCCAGUGGUUCCAUAUAUAUACCGAAAGGUGUAAAUAUUCCUUCGCUUUCACGCACUGAGGCUUGGGGAUUCAAUCCGACAAAUGUGCGCGUCGGUUCGCAUAUAACCGGUGGCGAUCUAUAUGGCAUUGUUCACGAGAAUACGCUGGUAAAACAUCGUUUAAUUGUGGGUCCACGUUGCAAGGGUACAGUGCGUUAUAUCGCGCCCGCGGGCAAUUACACAGUGGAGGAUGUGAUUUUGGAAACCGAAUUCGAUGGUGAAAUUACAAAACACACAAUGUUGCAGGUGUGGCCUGUGCGUCAACCACGUCCAGUUACUGAAAAACUGCCUGCAAAUCAUCCCUUGUUCACGGGCCAACGUGUAUUGGAUUCACUAUUCCCUUGUGUACAAGGCGGCACUACAGCUAUACCGGGCGCGUUCGGUUGUGGCAAAACUGUAAUCUCACAGGCGCUCUCGAAAUAUUCCAACUCGGACGUCAUCAUUUACGUCGGUUGCGGUGAGCGUGGUAACGAGAUGUCUGAGGUAUUACGUGAUUUCCCCGAGCUGACUUGUGAGAUUGAUGGCGUGGUCGAGUCUAUUAUGAAACGUACCGCCUUGGUAGCCAACACCUCCAACAUGCCGGUAGCUGCGCGUGAAGCCUCCAUCUACACCGGUAUCACACUCUCUGAAUAUUUCCGUGACAUGGGUUACAAUGUUGCCAUGAUGGCUGACUCGACAUCACGUUGGGCUGAGGCGUUGCGUGAAAUUUCCGGACGUUUGGCUGAAAUGCCUGCCGAUUCUGGCUACCCAGCCUACUUGGGUGCACGUCUGGCCUCCUUCUACGAGCGUGCAGGUCGCGUUAAGUGUUUGGGUAAUCCCGAACGCGAAGGCUCGGUGUCUAUUGUCGGUGCGGUAUCGCCACCUGGUGGUGAUUUCUCUGAUCCCGUUACUUCCGCUACACUCGGUAUUGUGCAAGUGUUUUGGGGUCUAGACAAAAAACUGGCGCAGCGUAAACAUUUCCCUUCGAUUAACUGGUUGAUUUCAUAUUCGAAGUACAUGCGUGCAUUAGAUGAAUAUUAUGACAAGAAUUUCCCAGAAUUUGUACCACUUCGUACAAAGGUUAAAGAGAUUUUGCAAGAGGAAGAAGAUUUAUCGGAAAUCGUGCAGCUGGUCGGCAAAGCAUCGUUGGCGGAAACAGAUAAAAUUACACUGGAAGUUGCAAAACUUGUGAAGGAUGACUUUUUACAACAGAACUCCUACUCGCCUUAUGAUCGUGUGUGCCCAUUUUACAAAACUGUGGGCAUGUUAAGGAAUAUGCUGGCCUUCUACGAGCUAGCUCGCCAUGCUGUAGAAUCCACUGCCCAGUCAGAUAAUAAGAUCACAUGGAAUAGUAUACGUGAUGCGAUGGGCAAUAUCAUAUACCAACUAUCGUCAAUGAAAUUCAAGGAUCCCGUUAAAGAUGGUGAGGCGAAAAUCAAAGCAGACUAUGAACAACUUCACGAAGAUUUGCAGCAGGCCUUUAGAAAUAUGGAAGACUAAAUCUAAACAAUCUGAUGGCAAGUUUAAACACACAAAUACAUAAUAACCAAAGCCAAGUAAUAUAAUGAAAAUGAAUAUCAGUUUAAGCAAACCAUCAAUAUAUUUAAUUUAUUCAUUUAUCAUAUAACUGAUAUAUUUGAAACUAGUCAUUUCAACUAGUCAUUUACGUAUUACCGUAAUAUUUAUGAAAAUAAAGUUAGGAUCAGUUUAACGAAAAAAAAUUUAUAAAAAAAUAGUAUUCAUCCUUAAUUUACCUCUUUAUGUCCUAUAAGCAAAUGUUAAUACAUACAUAUAACU